AUGCAUAUGCAGUGCACAGUUUAUCUUCAGAUGAAUAACUUACAACACGUUGUGAUAUUUCUCGGCCUCUGGGGCAUCCAGGGUUCCUUUGGACGAAUUCUUCCUGACCCAACGCAAGCAUCACAAGCCUGGGAACUCGACCGGCCACCGUCGGACCCCAUUCAUACUACUGAGAUCAGAGACCUGGUCAAACGUGAAGACACCAGCUCGUCUAUUGAUCCGAUUAUCGUUACAAUAGCACCAGACGAAACAUGCGGGUUUCUAUCAGGCAGACCAGCGCUUCCCAUCACUUGCGAAAACCAACGACCAUACAACCCGCUGUACCUUCUCUGUACGAAUGAAUCUGCUCCUUACUGCGGGACGUAUGAAUUUCCACAAGGAAUCGAGGAUUACAGAUGUUCAUCAACCCCCGCGACUCGAGUUUCGACUGCUUCAUUUACGUAUAUCGGCCAAGAAAACGCAAACUUCGUUACAACAACAUUGAACGUCGCUGAAUCCGUUUCUCAGUCCUCAUCGACCGAAAGUGAAAGUACAGCAUCCAACUCUUCCACAAUACCUUCGUCUACUUCUCCUCCCUCCGAUACGUCGCCGUCGAAGUCGCCGCCUUCGAGCAAGAGCAAUCUUGGGGCAAUAAUCGGUGGCGCAGUUGGAGGUUUUGCAGCACUGUCUCUUGUACUGUUUGGAAUCGCCUGGUUUUUGCGACAGUCACGAAAAAAGAAUCGUCAAUCGAUACAGGUCAAUCCGAUGGAACAAGAUCCAUUGUCUGAUCCAAACAUUGGAAAGCCGGACCCAAGAUCCCCAGUACCAAGCGAUUGGAGAGGCUCGACAGUGACGGCGCUGAGCUCGCCAUAUUCUGCCUCGCCACAAGUUUGGAUGAAUCACCCUAUGUCACCAAGUGCACAGAGUGACAUGUCUCAAGCGAUGUCGCCAACCUUGGGGGAGCAUUUGGCUUACGAGAUGAGUGGAGAAUCUGCCCAACCUCCGCAUGAAAUGGGUGACACUCGGGUGUACGAGAUGGCUGGCGAUAACGAUCAUCGUAUGGUAUAG